GAAGUAUAUAUGAGUAGCGAUUAUACACAUUUGUAACAUCAAUUAACUUUACAUGGAAAGAAAAAAAUAUUUCAUCUUCCCUCUCCCUUCUCCCUUUUCCCAAUCUGUCUCCCUUAUUAUAUCUCACAAACUCUCCUCCAAUCAUCAUCGUCAUUUUGCAUUUCUCUCUGUUCUUCUCUUACCCGGCCAAUAUCUUCAACAGCCUCAAUGAUCAACAUUUAAUUCAGUCAACUUUAUUAAUUGUUUUAUAACCAAAAUAUAACUUUCUUUGUGCGUCUCACUGUAUUGCCCUCAUCACCUUCCCUUUUAUAAUUUGAGCUUCAUCAACAUUGAUCUUCUCAUCUUUCACCGAGGGUUUCAGGGCUUGUUCAACCACUUCAGCCUUGUUUAAAUAGAGGGACCAGUUUGUUAACAAUCCUCGCCAAACCUUUAAACUUCAUUAACAAGAUAACUUUACUCUUCUUUCUUUCACUUCUUUCUCUUUGUGGUGAUGUGACUGGUCAGGUUCACCAUUUUGAGAUUCAAUUUUCCAGCCGACAUCUCUUUGAUUUUUCAUCUUUUAUGGUAUAUUAUUGACAAUCUUUUAUCAAGUAUUAAUUUUUAAUCAUCAACACAUUCAAUCCCUAAACUGAGACUAUACUUAUACAUUUCAUUUCUUCAAACUGGACUUGUAAAUUUCAUGUUUCGCAUCAAAACAGUGAAAGCAAAUGAUUCAAAUUUCAUGUUGAUAUUUUGAAUUUCCAUCGGCAUUGUUUUUAUAUCAUUUCCUGGUGACUUUUUAGUUAAUUUAAAACAUUUCAGUUUAACAAGGACUCAUUUUUAUACCUCAUGAAAAUGGAUACACAGAAAAAAAGUUCAAGAUUCGCGGCCAACAGUGACACUACCAUGUGGAAUAAUGAUGGUCCUACAGUGCCCGGAAUAAUUCCAUUUGUCUUCUUUCUGGUUUUAACAGUCACUGUAUUGCUGUAUCUCUACAAAGUAUUGAAAAAAUAUUAUGACAAGCAAGCCAAAAGUGAUACUUAUGUUUUUGUUGAUCAUGAUUCAGAUGAUACAGCUCGUCUUAAGAAACUAGCCGAUGACGAUGAUAUUGCUAAUAGCCCUAAACUCAAUUCACUCAAACAUACUUCGGACAAUCGAGGAGACGGUGAAUCAAAUAGGCUUGGGGGCGAUGAGGUGCGAGUUGAAGUAGCCAAGGCCCCCGAAGGAGAUCUCAUGCAAGUUGAUGGAGCUUCUCCAAGUGCUCCAGAAGGCCCAGACUUUACUGAUAACGUAUCGGGUACCGAGACACUUCCAUUAAAUAAGAAAAAGUCUAAACCAACGGAAUCCAAUGUUUAAAUUGCUAGACUAUUUUUAAAGCAUCUAUUUAUCUUAAGCGACCAAACCUGACUUUGCAUAUUGUAUCAUUGGUUUUGCCGGUAUUACAAGAGAUAUUUUACUUCUAUACAAGUUUUUUGCUGCUUUUGUCAAACAAAGCAAUCCAUCUUCUUCUAAUUGAUGGAGUUCUACAUCAGUCAAAUUUCUAAUGAUAUUAUUUACGGAAAAAAGGACUCUAUAAUCUAUGCAAUACUAAGCCGUUUUUCAUCUAAGAAUUAUUACUCUUUUUGUGACAGCUAGACAUCGUUUAAUUUUCUAGGUCAAUAGACAAGUUACAUUGGUUUUUAAAUGUAUGAUUGAUCUUACAAUUUAUUAGGAUUUCUUCCUUUUGAAACCUCCUGAUAAGACUAUUUGUGAUAGUAAACAAAGUUGCAACAAAAAUCAUACCAAGAUGUCAAAUAGACUUUCAUCAAUUGAAAAAAAACAUGUGAAUUUCAGUUGCUGUUUGAAUAAAGAACAUCUUUCAAAUCAAA